AUGGCGAGUGCAUGCGUUGGAUCCGCUCUCACAUCAUUAGUUGUUACGCCGUUUGAUGUUGUGAGGAUAAGGCUGCAACAGCAAGAAAUGCUUUUCCCUCCAGGAAUAAAGGAUGCUGCCGAAUGCUGCCGGAAGGUGUUUUGGGCGGGAGAUGGGAUUGUGACGGCGACUGGUAAAAAGUAUGCGUUUUGUCUGGAGAACAGUUGUGUCAACGAUGCGAAGAUAACGGGCACAAUGUCUGGAAUAAGAAAGAUCAUGUCCAAUGAGGGAUUGGGUGCACUUUACAGAGGGUUGGCGCUAACACUGAUAAUGUCCAUACCGUCAAACGUUGUGUAUUUCAGUGGCUAUGACAUACUUCGAGACAGUUCUCCUUUAGAAUAUUCUCACCCUGUAAUCAAUCCCUUACUUUGUGGAGCAUUUGCAAGAAUAUUGGCGGCAACAUCGGUGGCUCCUUUGGAAUUGAUUAAAACUAGACUGCAGGCAGUUCCAGUAUCACAUAGAAAUACCAGGUCAUCAGUGAUCAUGCAAAUGGUGAUGAGAAACACCUGGAAAGAUAUGACGGAGGGUGGAAUCUCAAGUAUUUUUAAGGGAUUGCAAUUAACGUUGUGGAGGGACGUCCCCUUUUCAGGUAUUUACUGGGCUGCAUACGAGUCCCUUUCAUCCUGGUUGAAGCGCACAGAUCUUCUCAACGAGGCCAAGGACGACGAUCCUAAAAUCAAUACUAGCAUCUUCAACGGAACAAUAUUCGCAAGAUCUUUUCUUAGUGGAUCGUUGGCUGGAGUCACCGCUGCAUUUUUUACCAAUCCAUUUGACGUUGGUAAAACCAGAUUCCAGGUGGCCUCGGAGGACGAGGCCAGAUAUGGAACUCUCUCGUCACUUGUCAAUACUUCACAGGGGGUGCUUCAAAAUUUAGAGAGCAGAGAGUCAAUGUUCAAGUUCCUAUACUCAAUUUACAGAAACGAGGGUAUCGGCGCAUUAUACGUGGGCAUUAUUCCCCGCUGCUUGAAAAUAGCACCAGCCUGUGCGAUUAUGGUAUCUUCCUACGAAGUGAGUAAAAAACUCUUCAAGAACCUACGAGAAUCUAAAAGGGUUUAA